CUCGAGAGAAGACAAAGUCGUUUUAAGUUUUAUCAGUCGGGAUCGGUGGUACUGAUUUCUGCCUUGCUAACUAACGGUAACAAGUGCAAGUCUGAUAGUUUUGCUGCGUCUACCUAGCUCGAAUAUCAAGCAUCAUGCCGGCUCUAGGGUACUGGAAAAUUAGAGGGCUAGCCCAACCAAUAAGACUACUGCUGAAUUAUGUUGGAGAAGAGUUCGAUGAUGUACAAUAUGAGCAAGGCGAUGCACCAGAAUUUAGCAGAGAUGCUUGGCUGUCUGUCAAAAAUACUCUAGGUCUAGCCUUUCCUAAUCUUCCUUAUUACAUUGAUGGUGACAUUAAAAUUACACAAAGUAACUCCAUUCUGAGGUACAUCGGGGAUAAACAUGGUCUUUUGGGCAAAACUCCAAAGGAGAAAGUGGACUGUGACAUGAUGGUAGAGAAUGCCAUGGAUUUCAGGAAUGGAGUGGUGCGACUGUGCUACAAUAAGGAUUAUGAAAAAAUCAAGGAAGAUUAUUUUGCUAAUGUGAAGGACAAGCUGAGACAAUUUGACGCGUUUCUUGGAGACAAACCUUGGUUUGCUGGGGAUAAUAUAACAAUCUGUGACUUCCCAAUGUAUGAGUUACUGGACCAGCACAAACUGAUGAAGCCUGGGAUACUAGACGAUUACCCCAACCUGGCCAAGUUUGUGGAGAGAUUUGAGAACCUCCCAAAAAUCAAGGCCUACAUGGCGUCUGAUAAAUUCAUGGCCAGACCCAUCAACAACAAAGUUGCAGGGUUCAAGUGAUUUUUCACUCACAACGACUAACCUUUGGAUGCAUAGAAUUUUCAUUUUAUGUUCUAAAAAAAAGUACUAACUGAUUAAUCAGAUGAUAUGGCGUAAUGCUAUGUAGUAUUGUAUUCAGCAAUUAGUUGUUCACUGGAAACAAUGAUGCAUUGUUGAGUGCUUGUAUUUUAGAAAUAAUGAGUACUAUUUUGAUAAAUGAGGUUGUAGAUUCUAAUAUAUAAACCCUUUCCGAAUUUACUUUUUAUAGAACCUUAUUGACUUAUAGAAAAUUUUUUAGACUUGGUUGUUGAAUGUUAACUUUUUUAAAUUGGUCUUUUACUACCGGUACACUUUUCCUUGCCACCAAAUUGUCUAGAUUCCUUUUACAAAAAUUGUGAACUUUUGGUUUAUAAAAAAUAAGUUAAUAAUGGGCUGUUAGAUAUAUAAGGACAUUGUUGUAACAAAUUUUAACUCAGUUUAAUUAUUGUUUUUUCCAUAGAUUUUGCAAUCUAGUAUUUUAUACUUUAUUUUAGUGCCAUUUUUUUUAUCGCAUGGUUGUUUUCCUUCAUUAUUUUGACACAAUAUUCUCCUCUUUGGUACGUUUUAGGAUUUUAUUUUCAGGUUUCGAUAUAGGCCAGUCAAAUUUUAUAUCCAGGCCAGUGUUGUUUAGUGCAGAUGUCCGUGAAAUUUAAUAAAUAAUCAAUAAAUUAGUUAAUUUA